AUGGCAACUACUAGUUCUGCAGUUUUCUUUGCAUUGUUGAUCUUAUUGUGUGCAGGAGGAUAUGGUGAGGCUCAGCUGACCCCGACGUUCUACAAUGAAGCAUGCCCCGAUGUGAAUCUCACUAGCAUUGUCCGUGGAGUCAUUCAGGAAGCUUUGCAGACGGAUCCACGUAUCGCUGCAAGCCUCAUUAGGCUUCACUUCCAUGAUUGCUUUGUCAAUGGUUGUUAUGCAUCAAUUUUGCUGGACAACAGUAGCAGUGUCGAUGGCAUAGACAGCGAGAAAGCAGCCUUUCCGAAUGUCGGGAGUGGUGGAUUUGAUGUUGUGGACAAGAUUAAGACUGCAUUGGAGAAUGCUUGUCCCAGCACGGUUUCUUGUGCUGAUAUUCUUGCCAUUGCAGCAGAAGAGUCUGUUUCUUUGUCUGGAGGCCCCUCAUGGACAGUCCUACUAGGAAGAAGGGAUGGAACAACAGCAAACCGAACAGCUGCUAAUGAAGCCCUUCCAGCUCCCACUUCAAACCUUGAUGUACUCAAGUCCAAGUUCUCAGCUGUAGGCCUAAACACCACCGAUCUGGUUGCACUAUCCGGUGCUCACACAUUUGGACGCGCCCAGUGUCAGUUUUUCACUGAUCGAUUAUACAACUUCAACAACACAGGGAGUCCUGACCAAACCUUAAACUCGACCUACAUAGAAACCUUGAGAGGCAUAUGCCCACAAAAUGGGAAUGGGAGUGUCCUGGCCAAUUUUGAUCCCUCAACACCUGAUGGUUUCGACAGCAACUAUUUCUCUAACCUUCAAGUUCAUAAGGGUCUACUCCAAAGCGACCAAGUGCUGUUUUCGACUAGCGGGGCUGAUACCAUUGACAUGGUUAACAACUUCAGCGUUAAUCAGACCACAUUCUUUGAGAGCUUUGUGGAAUCGAUGAUUAAAAUGGGGAAUAUAAGCCUCUUGACAGGAACUGAUGGAGAGAUUCGAUUGAACUGCAGUAGGGUUAACGAAGAUUCAUUUGGAUCAUCUGCUGCUUUGCUAGCUGAGUACUAA